AUGGAAAAUUCAACCGGGAAUGAGUCAGCAACCUUAAAUGAUCGGAUGUCUGCAGUGGAGUCUAAAAUGGCUGAAAUAAGUGACAUGAUGAAAUUGCUAACAGAGGCUCUAAAAGGACGGAGUGAUGAUAACCCACCACGAAAUACCGUAGCAGAUGAGAACGCGGUUAAUAGAACAAUUGAGCCAAACAGAGGAUCAGAUCCUAAAGUACCCACGCCAGAGAAACAAGAUUCUGGGAUAGGGGCCUUUAACAUACCGGAUGGUCCUGGGGAAGAUCAUGCCUACAUGUUCCAAAUCCCACAAGUGCUACAUAAAGAGAAGGAGUUGAAAGAAGAACUUGGAGAGAUGAAAGAUCAAUUGAAGGCUCUUCAAGGAUCAAACACGUGGGGUUCCUUAGACUUGAAAGAAUUAUGUUUGACCCCAGAAAUCGAUAUGUCCAUAUGGUCACAAGAUGAGAAGUUUCUGAUAAACUUCUUUCCCGAAAGCUUAACUGGAGCCGCAUUGACUUGGUACAUGCAACUAGACCAAACCAAGAUUAAAAGAUGGAAAGACCUUGUGGAUGUUUUCAUGAGACAAUACAAGUUCAAUCUUGAUACUGCUCCGACCAGAGAACAAUUGAAAGCAAUGACCAAGAAAUCAUUAGAGUCAUUCAAAGAAUAUGCUCAAAGAUGGAGAAUAGUGGCUUCGCAAGUGCAACCUCCAAUGGUUAAUUCCGAACUUUGCUCGUACUUCAUCCGUGCGUUGCCUAAGCCAUUUUACCAACACAUGAUAGGAACACAUGUCACUGAUUUUGCUGAUUUAAUGGUAAUUGGGGAAAGGAUUGACAUAGACAUACGAGAAGGGAAGAUAGCCACUUCUCAAGCUGAAAGUAGUUCACGAAAGAACUAUGACCAAAAAAAGAAAGAAGGGAAUGUGAACUAUAUUCAACCUAUAAGACAAGCAGCUACCAAUUCUCAAGUCCCUUAUCAAGUAGAGGGAAGGAAUCAAAGACAGCAACAAUUUGGGUUCAGGCCUAACAAGCAUGGACAGGAUGGAGAGAGGAGAAAUGUCCAAUCCAGGGAUAGUCGCCCAUGGCCCAAUUUUGGAUUAACAAAUGCUGAAUUGUACCAUAAACUUUUGACAGCCCAAUUAUUAGGUCCGCGACCUUAUAAGCCUCUUGGUCCGCCUUACCCGGCAUGGUAUAAUCCAAAUGUUGUUUGUGAAUACCACAUGGGUGCACCUGGGCACUCAAUAGAAGACUGUGUGACGUUUAAAAGAAAUGUGCUAGACCUAGUUGAUUCUAACCAUAUCCAGCUUAAAGAAGAGGGAAGCUCUACCCUUACUACUGAUCCACUCCCAAAUCACGAAAAACGAGUCAACGCUAUUGAAGAAGAAGAUGCGUGCUUUAAAAGCUCCGCAAGAAUCAGGAUGCCUAUGAAUGAGCUUUAUGCUCAUUUAAAGGAGUAUGGCUAUAUGCGAGAAAUGCUCCUCACGAAUAAUAUCAGUGAUCAAAUGCCUGGAUACUGUGAAUAUCAUCAAGAGAAAAUAGGCCAUGACAUAGAAAGUUGUGAACAGUUUAAAGGAGCUGUUAGAAAAAUGAUGGCGUUAGGGAUCGUGUCUGUAAAGAGGGGAGACGCCAAAGUGUGCAUGGUAGAAAAAAAACAUGUUGAGCUUGUCAUUAAAAAUUUGAGCCCAAAAGAACGGGUUCAGGCAGUCUCUUUUGUGAUAAACAAAGCCUCUGCAGAUCUUGUACCUCACAAAACUCCAGCGCGUAUCUCCAUACUUUCUUUGAUUUUAAGUUCCGAAGCGCAUCGUCAAGCAUUGCAGGAAGUGUUGAAUCAAGCUUUUGUGCAGCCUAAUAUAACCCCUGAGAAGGUGGCAAGUGUAAUGAAUGUUGUAAAAGCCUCCUCUACCAUUUCCUUUUCGGAAGAGGAAGUUACAGAAACCGCUGUUCACCAAGCCAAGGCUUUGCACAUCACUUUGAAAUGUGAAGGGUUCAUAAUCGCAAGAGUAUUAAUUGAUGGAGGAUCAGCGUUAAAUGUCUUGCCGCUCUCCACAUUUGAAUCAUUAUCACUAGAAGCUUCAGGUGUACAUAAAAGUAAUAUUGUGGUAAGAGCAUUCGAUGGAUCAAGACGGGAAGUAUUAGGAUCCAUUUGUCUCUCCCUGGAGAUAGGGCCGAGCAGGUUUAAGGUGGAUUUCCAACUCAUGAACAUAGACCCAAGUUACACAAUGCUGCUAGGAAGGCCAUGGAUUCAUUCUGCUAGGGCUGUUCCUUCUACCUUACAUCAAAAGGUUAAGUUCAUCAGUGAUGGGAGAAUUAUAGCAGUUAAAGGAGAGGAGGAAAUCAUGGUGAGCAAACCAAGCUCACUCCCUUAUAUUGAGGCUGCAGAGAAAGAUUAUGGAGUUUCCUUUCAAAGCCUAGAGGUCGAGGGUAUUUGCGGUAGUACUCACAACAUCAAUUCCGUCGUGGCUAAAAUCAUGGCGAAGAGUGGGUUUAUGCCAGGGAAAGGUUUAGGCUCUCAUUUACAAGGAAUUACGUGUCCAAUUAAGGUUUUGGAUAAUUGUAAUCGCCAAGGGUUAGGGUAUGAGCCUACCCUGGAAGACCAGAUGAAAGACAAAGCAAGUUUGGCAAAUGGCAAAAAGGCCAGUAAAUUGGAGAUUCCACACAUUAAAGAAUCCUUCCCAGGCCCGUCCGAGGUGAUAUAUAAACCAGCUAUCUCAGUGAUCUCUUUUAAUGAAGAUGUACCAUGCAGAACAAGUGCCUCAAUUGCAGUCGAUGAUUCCAACAAAGUUCUGGCGAAUUGGGAGUUUGAAGAGGCCAAUGAUGUCAUUAGCUUAGAGGAUUUUGUUUCUUCUGAUUCCAUCUCCCACCCAGAGAUUAAUAAACCCUGUGAAGAUGAUUCAUUCGUUGCCACUGAUAUGCAUGAUUGUGAGUCUGAUGAUGAAGACAUAAUCCAAACUUUUUCAAAGAUGCUUGAAUUGAGUGAUAAGGGAAUAUGCCCACAUGAAGAAGUGAUUGAGAUGGUUAAUAUGGGAACCGAGGAGGAUCAAAGAAUGCUCAAAAUAGUAGAUAAUCCUGAAAGGGAAACAAAUGAUUGA